CCAUCUCUAAUUUUGAUUCCGGACCAGCGUUGGAAACGUUUUGUUUAAUUUCCUGCAAUAAGAAGACGACGAGCUCAACGACCAAAACUUCCGACGCGGAGACUUUUUUUUUUUUAAUUAGUAUCCUCCUCUCUGCGUUUUCGUGUUCCAAAAUCCUCGAUUCAAAAACUUCGUCUUCUUUCUUAUUCGUGAUCCUGAUGAAAUAAAAAUACGAUUUUUAAUUUAUUUAUUUUUGGUUUGUGAGGAGAGAGUGCACCAAAUAAUUUGACUUUGAAAUUAGCGUAGGAUUCAAGCACAUUCUGGGUUUUAUUCGUGUAGUGGUAGACAUUGAUUUUGUCAAAGUUACGUUCUUCUCUCCUCUAUAUCAUUUUUAUAUAUAAAAAAGUUGAAAUUCCUCUUUUUUUUUUUCUUUUUUUUUCUUCCUUUUCUCUUUAGUCUUUUCUUUUCUUCUACCCCAUGUUGUAGAUUCUUAGAUUCUCCCCCAAUUUUUGAAGAAAGGAGAAGUAAAGAGUCCAUUUUUGGGAUUCCUUUGCUGUUGCAGUUUCUUUGAUUAGAUCAUUUCGUAUACCACUAACUAGAAGCGGAGAGUCCUCAAAUUUUGGUUAUUUUUUUUUGAGGGUCGGUUUCUUAUCUGAUCCAGGUUUUUCUCAAGGUGAAAAGAACUUGGCUGCAUUGCCUAUGAGCAGAUAGCUGUUAAGCAAAGAAUGGGCUGGUUUAACAAGAUCUUCAAAGGCUCUAACCAAAGGCUCCGGGUGGGGAAUGACCACUAUUAUGGGAAUUAUCCGAAUGCUUCACAUGAUGAGCCUAGUGCAGAUACGGAUGCUGAUCAUGAUGAAUCUCAUACACAGGAACCAUCCACAUCUGAGGAUACAUCGAAUGACCAGGAAAAUGAAGACAUAGACCGUGCAAUUGCAUUGUCUCUUUUAGAAGAAAAUCAAGAACAAACUAGUGUGACAGAAAAAAUGGGCACAGGGAAAUACUCGACGGUGGAUGAAGAUGAGCAACUUGCCAUAGCCUUACAAGAAAGUAUGGUAGUUGGGAAUUCACCGCGUUACAAAAAUGGAAGUACAUUUGAUAAUGGGAAUGCAUAUGGGACUGGAGAUUUAUUUGGGAAUGGACAUAUGUAUGGAGGAGGAAACGUAUAUGCAAAUGGAGAUAUUUAUUAUCCAAGACCUGUUACUUUUCAAAUGGAUUUCAGGAUUUGUGCUGGCUGUAACAUGGAGAUUGGCCAUGGAAGAUUUCUUAAUUGCCUUAAUGCACUAUGGCAUCCAGAGUGUUUUCGAUGUUAUGGCUGCAGUCAGCCAAUUUCUGAGUACGAGUUUUCAACAUCAGGGAACUACCCUUUUCACAAGGGUUGUUACAGGGAGAGAUAUCAUCCAAAAUGUGAUGUCUGCAGCCACUUUAUUCCAACAAAUCCUGCUGGUCUUAUUGAAUAUAGGGCACAUCCAUUUUGGGUUCAAAAGUAUUGCCCUUCUCACGAACACGAUGCCACCCCAAGAUGUUGCAGUUGUGAAAGAAUGGAGCCACGGAAUACGAGAUAUGUUGAACUUAAUGAUGGACGGAAACUUUGCCUCGAGUGUUUGGACUCAGCGGUCAUGGACACCAUUCAAUGCCAACCUCUGUACUUGCAAAUACAAGAAUUCUACGAAGGACUUAACAUGAAGGUAGAGCAAGAAGUUCCACUCCUCUUGGUUGAGAGGCAAGCACUUAAUGAAGCCAGAGAAGGUGAAAAGAAUGGUCACUAUCACAUGCCAGAAACAAGAGGACUCUGCCUUUCGGAAGAACAAACUGUUAGCACUGUAAGAAAGCGAUCAAAGCAUGGGACGGGAAAUUGGGCUGGGAAUAUGAUUACGGAGCCUUACAAGUUAACUCGGCAAUGCGAAGUUACUGCCAUUCUCAUCUUAUUCGGGCUCCCUAGGUUACUCACUGGCUCGAUUUUAGCUCACGAAAUGAUGCAUGCAUGGAUGCGGCUUAAAGGAUUCCGAACGCUGAGCCAAGAUGUUGAAGAAGGUAUAUGUCAAGUGAUGGCUCAUAAGUGGUUAGAAGCUGAGUUAGCUGCUGGUUCAAGUAACAGCAAUGCUGCAUCAUCAUCCUCAUCUUCUUCUUCUCGAGGAGUGAAGAAAGGACCGAGAUCACAGUACGAAAGGAAGCUGGGUGAGUUUUUCAAGCACCAGAUAGAGUCUGAUGCUUCUCCGGUUUAUGGAGACGGUUUCAGGGCUGGACGGUUAGCGGUUCAGAAGUACGGCUUGCGAAAAACACUUGAGCAUAUACAGAUGACCGGUAGAUUCCCGGUUUAAGAACCCAAAAUGGACAAAGUCUUUGCUUGUGAUUGGGUUUUUAUUGAUAGGAUCCUUGGUAGAUUAUUGUUAUAUGCUCUUAUUCUUUUGGUGGAAAAAUGAACUCUCAACCAUAUUCUUAUGUAAUCGAUGAUUCUUUUGUAUUUCAUCCAUCAGAAUCAAAUUCAGGGUUUUCUUUGUAA